CAGAGUCAGUGGUCCGCCUAAAAAACGAAAUCAUUUGCAGACUACGUUUUUCCCCACUCACUUCCGUAGAUCGAGUCUAUUUGGUGUAAGCAAAUACGGCGAGUGUUUUGGAAAGAUUGGGGUUAAUUUAUGUGAAAUCCUCAAAUCUAGAAACCAAACUAGAAGUCAAAGCAUUGUUUUUAUUGACUGAAAAACGGUUACAGCUCCGUGACGAAAGAACUCCCGACCCGUUACAAGGUCUCUCUGAUCACUGUUAUCUUGGCCUAAUGUCUGUCCGGGUGCCAUCCAUGAGUGUGCUGCCUCCUGUUCGAAGGGACCGCAUCAUUGCCCAGCUUCCUCAGUUUUACAGUAAGAAGGCUGCUGUGCACACUAAAGAUGAGUUCAACUCCAAAGUGAAGACUGCCUGCCAGGAGCAACGCACUGGCACAGUAGGUAGGUUUAAAAUUGCUAAGGUCAUAGUGGUUGGUGACCUGGCUGUGGGAAAAACAUGUCUGAUUAAUAGGUUUUGCAAGGAUGCAUUUGACAAGAACUACAAGGCGACCAUUGGUGUUGACUUUGAGAUGGAGCGGUUUGAAGUGUUGGGGGUGCCUUUCAGCUUACAGUUGUGGGACACUGCAGGGCAGGAGAGGUUCAAGUGUAUUGCUUCCACAUACUACAGGGGAGCUCAGACUAUUGUUAUUGUGUUCGAUGUAAAUGAUGUGGCAUCUUUGGGCCAUGCAAGGCAGUGGCUUGACGAUGCCUUGAAGGAGAAUGAUCCUACCAAUGUCCAGCUUUUCCUGGUGGGCACAAAGAAAGACCUAAGUUCUCCUGCUCAGUACUCUCAGAUUGAACAGGAUGCCAUCGAACUGGCUGAGGAAAUCAAAGCAGAAUAUUGGGCCUUGUCAUCAUUGACUGGGGAAAAUGUGAGGGAGUUUUUCUUCCGUAUUGCAUCUUUGGCAUUUGAGGCCAACGUUCUGGCAGAGCUAGAGAAGAGUGGAUCAAGGCACAUUGGGGACGUUAUCAAAAUUAACAGUAAUUCAAACAACGUGUAUGCAACAUCAAAGAAGAAACAGUCAAACUGUUGUCAAUGAAGACAAACACGUGACUACUACAGUUAAAAGGUACCAAAGCAAAAAGCAUAAUUUACUCAGAAGAGAAACUGAGAACCACGGACCACUCCCAGACACAUGGCAUUUGCAGUGAGAGCUAGCAGACGGGACAGAGACUUUUGCUUCCACAGGCAUUUGAUUUUCAUUUCUGCUGGCCCAGAAAGAACAGCUCCUUGGUUGGAUGUGGAUUCCUGUGGUGUUUGUCUUAUUUUUGCCUAUCUAUAGUUUCGGAAUAGAAUUUCCUCUAUGUCAUUGCACUCCAUACUGUACAAUUACAGUUUUUGAGUGUUGACAGAUUAUCGCGUCACUAUUGAGUAUUGACAAUCAUGGAUGUCUUCAAAUACCUAAUAUGGAUAUUUUUAAGACACCACCAUUAGGCCUAUUAGAGUUUUUACAGUGUUUUGUCUAGUGUUGUUUGCAUGCUAUAUGUUUUUUGCACAAUUUGUAACUAUAGAAUAGAUGGAAACUCAUGACUCCACCCUGGGAGGUUAUAUUAUGCUAGCUAAGGAGUAUGAUUUCAUUGUUUGGAUAGUCCUAUUUUUAGCAGCACAGAGGCGUUCAUACAGUAUGAGAGAUGUGUAUUAGUCAGAUGUACCUCAUCUACGUUAGAGACAAUAAUAUAACUGAGAUUUAUUCAUUUUCAAUUAUAUGCAAUAUUUGAAUGACUGAUCUUAUAUUAUCCCUCUAGUUGAAUAUCAUAAUCAGAGUGAAAUGUGCAUACAUAUGUCUAGUUGUCCUUUUAGACAAUAAAGAUUAUUUACGUUU